AUGGCUUAUCCAUUUCAACUAGGCUUACAAGAUGCCACAUCACCCAUUAUGGAAGAACUAACAAACUUCCAUGAUCACACCCUAAUAAUUGUUUUCCUAAUUAGCUCACUAGUAUUAUAUAUCAUCACACUUAUAUUAACUACAAAACUAACCCAUACUAGCACUAUGGAUGCCCAAGAAGUUGAAACAAUUUGAACUAUUCUCCCAGCCGUUAUCUUAAUCCUAAUCGCACUCCCAUCCCUACGAAUUCUAUACAUAAUAGAUGAAAUUAAUAACCCAGCGCUAACAGUAAAAACAAUAGGUCAUCAAUGAUACUGAAGUUAUGAAUAUACAGACUAUGAAGAUCUAUGCUUUGACUCGUACAUAAUCCCAACAAAUGACUUAAAGCCAGGAGAACUACGCCUGCUAGAAGUAGACAACCGAGUUGUACUACCCAUAGAACUACCAAUUCGAAUAUUAAUCUCAUCAGAAGAUGUACUUCACUCAUGAGCUGUCCCAUCCUUGGGGUUAAAAACAGAUGCCAUCCCAGGCCGACUAAAUCAAGCUACAAUUUCAUCUAACCGACCUGGGCUAUUUUACGGCCAAUGUUCUGAAAUCUGCGGAUCAAACCACAGCUUUAUACCUAUUGUUCUAGAAAUAGUGCCACUAAAACACUUCGAGAACUGAUCCUCAUCAAUAAUUUAA